GUACUACUUUCGGAAUUGGCACGGGAUGAACGACAAGGAACCGGCGGUUUAUCGCAACGUGCCCCGACAGAGCGACUCCCCCGACGAGAAGCUGCAAGGAGGAGCCUUGCUUGACAAAUCGUCCUUCGAGUAUCUAUUUGAGCAGGGGAAAUUUGAAUUCAUCAAUGACAUCGCGUCUUUAAAAGACUUCCAGACUGAACAGGAGAUACAGAGGUUCAAAAACGAAAGCUUGGGCAUGGCCGUGCUUCACCUCUCUCACAUCGCCAUCAAAAAAGGCGUCUCCCUUGAGGAAGUGGCCAGAAAAUACAGCUUCAAGGACUGCAUCCCGCGCUCCUUUUACCGCCAGAUCCAGCAAAACAACUACCUGACCAAAUUCCGCAUGAAAAAUGUCUUCAAGAAGUUUGUGCAGCGUUUCCAGCGCCACACGGUCAGCACCGGCAAGCUGACGGUGCAGGACAUCAUGUACAAAUACCUGGCUACCUUGGAGCACCUCGCGCCUCGCUUCGGGAGCGAGCUUUUCCCCGUGCUCUCCUUGGAGACCUCCUCCGAGGGCGAGAAGGUGCAGCUGUACGUCAACGGGGGACAUUCGCAGCUGGAGCACGGGCACGCGCUGCUCCCCAAGGACCGACCUGUCACCCACGAAGUCCUCGUCACGGGCACGAGCGGGAUCCAGUGGCGGCCCGUGCCUGUAGAGAGCAUCGAGAACUUCUCCCAUCGUGGAUAUUUUGGGAGGAAGAGCAGAAACAAAGAGCUGGAGCCCAAGGGGCCGACUCAGCCGGCGGAGUGGAGCGAGCCGAAAUGGGCCCAUUUCUGCGAUUUCCGGGAGAUCACGCACAUCGUCAUCAAGGACUGUAGGGUCAGCAUCAACCGGCAGGACAACAAGUGCCUGGAGGUGGUUCUCCCAUCUUCCGAGAGCGCGCUCUCCUUGGUCUCGCUGGUGGAUGGUUAUUUCCGACUUACGGCUGACUCCAGCCACUACCUGUGUCACGAAGUGGCACCACCGCGAGUCGUGAUGAGCAUCUUGAACGGCAUCCACGGGCCCAUGCAGGAGGAGUUUGUUUUUGCCAAGCUGCGGCGGGAGGAGCAGGAGGAAGGGCUCUACAUCAUCCGCUGGAGUGUCCUUGACUUCAAUAGGAUGAUUCUCUCCGUGGUGAAGAGGGGCCACCAGCAGGGAGCCCUCAAGUACAGGCAAUUCCGGAUCCAAAAAAAAGGAAACUCCUUUGUGCUGGAAGGGUGGGACCGGGAGUUUUCCACUUUACGGGAGCUCUUGGAUGUACUCAAGGGCUGCACGCUCAAGUCAGGUGACGAAAGCUUCACGGUGAAGAGAUGCUGUCCACCUAAACCAGGAGAGAUCUCGGACCUGCUGAUCACGCGGAAGGUGAAGGAUAGCGCCAAGCAGAUCCUUAACCUGACUCAGCUCAGCUUCCACCAGAUCCGCAAGAACGAGAUCACUCAGCGAGCCCACCUGGGGCAGGGCACCCGCACGAACAUCUACGACGGGGUGCUGAACGUCUGCGGGACCGCCGGGGCCGACGACGAAGCCGAGUAUUUCUCCACCGAGCAGAAUAACAACAGCCGGGAGAUGCACGUGGUCCUCAAAGUCCUGGAUCCCAGCCACAGAGAUAUCGCCCUGGCGUUUUUUGAGACAGCCAGCCUGAUGAGCCAAGUGUCGCACGUCCACUUGGCUUUCGUGCACGGAGUCUGCGUGCGAGGCUCCGAGAAUAUUAUGGUGGAGGAGUUUGUGGAACACGGACCUCUGGACGUGCUGCUGCGGAAAGAGAAAGGCCGGGUCACCGUGGGCUGGAAAAUCACCGUGGCCAAGCAGUUGGCCAGUGCCUUGAGCUACCUGGAGGACAAAAACCUGGUGCACGGCAACGUGUGUGCGAAAAACAUCCUGCUGGCCAGGAAGGGGCUGGAAGAUGGAUCUGUGCCUUUCGUGAAGCUCAGUGACCCCGGAGUCAGCUUUACGGUGCUCUCUCGAGAAGAGCGCGUGGAUCGGAUCCCCUGGAUCGCCCCGGAAUGCGUCCGGGAUGUGGGAAACCUCAGCACGGCGGCCGACAAAUGGAGCUUUGGCACCACGUUGCUGGAAAUCUGCUUCGACGCCGACGUCCCUCUCAAGGAGCGCACGCCUUCGGAGAAAGAACGUUUCUACGAGAAAAGGCAUCGCCUGCCCGAGCCGUCCUGCAAGGAGCUGGCCACCCUCAUCUGUCAGUGCCUGAACUACACUCCCGUCGAGCGGCCGUCCUUCCGGACCAUCCUGCGGGAUCUCACCCAGCUCCAGCCACACA